AUGGCCACCAAAACUCCCGCCCCCACCCCUGCUCCUCGCAUCGCCGUCAUCAACUGUGAUCACACCAAGGACGAGUUCAUCAAACAGUUCAACAUCGUCCCCCAUCUAUUCCGCGACCUCUUCCGAAACUUCCUCCAGGUUAAACCUUCUGCGGCCCACCCAGCCCCGGGCGGGGACACGAGCAACGGCUGGCAGGUGUGGAACGACGGCGCAUUCUACUUCAAGGGGUUCGACGCGACCAAGUACAGCGCGACCAAUCCCGAUUUUCGUUGGCCGGAUGUCGAGAAGGAGAAGAUCGACUGCAUUCUCGUUGGAGGAUCAUCGAACAGCGUGAACGAUCUUAUGAAGACCGACACCAACCUCGACUGGCUAAAGUGGCUUGCCCUCCUGUUGGCUGACGUUGCAGUCCACCACCCGAACGUUAAACUGAUUGGGGUAUGCUUUGGGCACCAGCUUCUCAACCACAUUCUCUACAGCGCUCAGAUUGGGACAUCGCCCUGGGAGAUUGGACCGUACACUGUCCGUCUCCACGACGAGCACAAGUAUCUCUUCCCUGGCGGAGAUCACCUCCAAAUUGAGAUGUUCCAUUCCGAGAUGGCGCUCACUGACGCAUACUAUGAAAGCGUCACCAAAGCGAGGGAGAAGGUGAUGGAUGACAAGAAUUCCAUGUUCAAGCACCACGUCUGGGGCUACACCGAUACCUGCAAGAACGAGGGAACGGUCGUGUUCUACGACGACUCGAGCGACAAGCAGAUCCACGUUCUGACCUUGCAAGGCCAUCCCGAGCUCACAGAGCCUAUGGCUGUGAGACUGCUCGAGUUGUUCUCGGGCGGAGGCGGCCAGCUGGAGGCAGUUCCUCCACUCGAGGCACAGAAGGCUGCUCAGAGGAUGGAGUUCUUCAAGGCUUUUGCCGGUGAGCUGGACUGGGUGCGAGCGGCAGAGGCGAUGUGGAAGGUUGCGACAGGGGCGAAGUUCGAUAAGGUUUAACCAGCGUGUAUUCGUACUGUCUGUCUAUGGACUUAGGGAUCGCUGUUGUACUGCUCAGCAUCGUAGCGUUAAGAAAUUCAAUGGAAAUGUUCCAGUACUU